AUGACCGUACAGCAGCUCAGCGCAGGCGGCGCCACGGACAAGACUGCUGUGUCGGAUGACAACGACACCACAGCCAGAGCGCACCCUUUUGGCGCGAUCGGACAAGAGAUGAAGGCGGCAUCCCGCGCUUCAACAGCAUCAACGUCUUCUUCCGACGAGCGAGAUGGAGGUGUCCUGGUGACUACGCCUGUAGAUAAGCGUGAGCGUGCUGGCAGUCUCCGAGAGCUUGUCCAGCAGUCGACGCCGAUGGAAACGGUCAUUUUUGGAGGACCUCGUGGAAGGCUGUACACUACUCCUGGUGAUCAACAGCAGCAUUGUCCUACCACAUACAAUGGAGACAGGACCGAACUGGCUCUACGCUCGCCAGCAUGGACAUUGGUCCCAGCUAGGAACUCAGCCAUAUACACCUUUGACCCAUCCCCACCACAGAUUGUCAACCCAUUUGCGCCGGAGCCUCUGUAUGUACCUGUGGCAUCAGCGACAGCUCGAAUGCCGCAAGAUCUCAGCUUUGAGCGCUUCAGUGCCCACAGCAACAACAACACCUAUGCUCGACCAGACCACAAUGUUCCUCCGCGGCCAGUGUACAUCCCGCCGCAAGCACCGACCAUGCAACAAAACCUGUCCCCUGAGCGCAAUGUCAUGGGCUACCGAGAACUUAUUCGCGGCAUCACUUCAGACGUUGAGAAGAUAUGCUGCGAAUACGUCCUGAUCAACGUCAGUACUACCACGGCUGGACCGCAAGCUGACCGAGCUUUCCUUGACUUGGUGAUCGCACAUAUGGGCUCCCGCGAAGCCGCUGCGUACAUACUCAAGCGGUCAGACUUGCAUGUCGCUCUGGUUACCGGCCUGGUCUGGCGUCAGGUCUCCACCUACAUCCUUAGCGUGCCUGUCCUAGACAAAGCGCCGUCGUGGUCUGCGCCAGCGUUCCGCGAUGCGUGGAUAGAUGAGACAAUUGCCCAUACCUACGAUGCAGACAAUUUGGCCCUCCGCCAGAUGCUCGUCGAGCGACGUGCAAGCUUCGUUCCAGACAUACAGCGCGCACCAGAGUACCAAGCAUUUGUCAAGACCUUCGCCACACAGGUCGCGAAUGAUGUGAUCAGAGAUCUUAUGCCGGUCUGGCGCAUAGGCUUCACCUAUAAGAUCACUCAAGUUCUGGUAGAAAAAAUCACCACAAGGCUGGUGCGCCUCAUCUCCCGCAUGCGAGCUGAGGCGAAGGUAUUCCAUUUUGACUUUUAUGGCUCUGGCAUGCAGUUCACCAGUGCUACCAUGUCCAAACGCAAUCCCGAUCUGCUUCUGCAGCAUGGCAAUGAUGGUACCUAUGCAGUUACCUGCGGCAUAGCACCUACUGUCUUCGAGAUCGAGCUCAGCCGCAAUCAACUCAUCACAACGCCAAUCUUCCUUGCGGAAGUUCUGGUACACGACCAAUCGAAGGAUAUUGACGAAGCAUUGGCAGAGGUCAAGCUGUACGGUCCUAUGCCUGUACCACCGCCUGUUGGAGGUCGGCGUCGUUCGCGGAGGAAGACAGGCGCUGCACCACCAUUCCAGAAUCGGCGAGAUUCCACUACAAUGUAG